AGAAAAGUAGGUAGGAGAAUAAUAGAUCAUUAGUACUAACAAGAUGUCAAGUAAUCUACUUACAUAGAUUAUCUAUCCUUUUCACAAGUUCCAGAUAUAUUUUCAUAGAAUAACAGAGGUGGAUUAAUUUAAAUAAACAGAAAUUAUGGACGACGAAAUUCAAAUUUUAUCUAGAUUUAUGACUGCAAAUUUCAAUAUACAAAGAUUACUUCAAGAAAUAAACUAUGAAAAUACAGAAUUGGGACCUCCACCACCUGCAGCUAAGCAUGUAAUUGAGAAUCUGCAAGAAAUAUCAGUAGAUGAUGGCAAAUGCAGUAUUUGUUUAAGACAUUUUUGUAAGGGAGACAAAGCAAUAAAAUUACCUUGUAAUCACUUGUUCGAUAAGGAAUGUAUUGUGCAAUGGCUUGAAAAGACAAAUACUUGUCCUAUGUGCCGUUAUGAAAUGGAGACAGAUGAUGAGGAAUAUGAAAAAAUUAGAAAGGAAAAGCUCAGAGCUAAGCAAAGAGAGGCCGAAUUAGAAAUUCUGCAUAAUUCUAUGUACUCAUAACAUUCAAGAUAUAGCCUCUUCUAUGGGAAUUGUUGAUUUAAUAUAUAUACAUAUAUCAACACAUAAUUGCCAAGGCAUCAUAAGUGACAGCAUAUGUUUUUUACAGGAACAACAUUUUUGUUAAAGCGGGAAGCUUUUAUGUAUGGUAGUUCAUUAGGGGUCAUAAUAUGUCUCCUGAUGGCUAAAAAAAUAUUUAGACUACUUCACAUAAAUACUUACCGAUAUAACAAAAUUAUUACAUUUUUUUCAUAUAACUUACGAUACUUUGGCAAAUAUGUGUCGAAAUUUUAUUCAAGUUUUCUUUGAAGGUAGCAGAUACCAAUCUGAUGAAUAUCGAAAUCCCAAAUUAAAUUGGGAAAUAUUUGUAUUUCAAGAGGGGAAAUUUUUGGGUUUUGUUAUUAUUGUUAUUGUUUUAUUAUCAUAUAUCACCAAUAAAAACUAAUGUAUUCAAGGAACAGAAGUAAUAAUACUGACAAAUUUUAAUCUAAUUGAAUAAAUUUUUAUUAUGCAUA